UUUAUCAUCACCAAUCUUAAUAUGGCUCCUCAAAUUAAGGGACGUAUUCUCUUCUUGCAUGGAUACACGCAGAGUUCAACCAUCUUCUAUGCUAAAACUUCUGCGCUUAGAAAGAGACUUUUGAAAUUGGGAUACAUCCCAGUCUACAUCAAUGGACAAUUGAAACUUACCCCAGCUGAUUUCCCCAGCACCGAUUCACUCUCAAAGUUCAGCACGGUCGUUGCCGACGAUGAAGAUGACUCCAACUAUAGAGCCUGGUGGAUCAGACCAAUUCUGAACACAGAACCAAUCCCAGUUGAUGAUGGGGUUGACACCGUUCGUAGAUACAUUGAAAAGGGAGAAAUUGUAGAGGAUUCGGAAACCAAGGCCAAAAGCUCCGAUGAAGAUCACCUGGACGUCCCAAUUGUUGGUAUUGUUGGGUUUUCUCAAGGUGCUUGUCUUGCUGGGUUGAUUGCAAGAAACUUCAACCGUCUCUUUGAUGUCAAGGACAAAAUUAAGUUUGUCGUUGCCUAUGGUGGGUUCAUGUUACAACACCCAACUUUGAAACUGUACUACCAAAAGGAGGAUGAGACCAAGGAUGACUCCUUCAAGCUCUUGCAGGUGAUCGGGGAGUUGGACACGGUGGUUGAUGAAAAAAGAGCAUUGACAAUCCUUGAGCCUUUCCCUACCAAUUCAGAAGUUUUGAGACAUCCCGGUGGACAUUUUGUUCCCAACUCCAAACUCCUCAUUGAUCAAGUGGUCAACUGGAUGGAACACGCCAUGCAAGAUGACAAGAGCUCGGACAAGGAGUCUUCAAAGGCGGAGAAAGAGGAAGAUGAUUUGGAUAAGCUUAUGGAUAUGAUGGAUAACUUGGGCAAGGCUUAAAUAUAUUUAUAUAUGUAUAUGAUAGAUUUAUAGAUGUAAUAGAGGCGUCUUCUUAUAUUAUUUGC